AUGGCGUCCCCAGAUUCAAGCAACCAAUCCGAUCCAUCCUCACAACCGAAUAUUAACACCCACACUGAAUUGAAUUCCUCUUCUAAUCUCUCAAAUCCAUUUUUCCUCAAUUCAAAUGAAAAUCUAGGUAGCAUCUUGGUUACACAACCACUACUUGGCAUGAAAAACUAUCACUCUUGGUCAAGAGCCAUGAUUCUAGCUCUCACCGCCAAGAAGAAGAUAGAUUUUAUUAAUGGAAAAAUUGCUAUACCUAAUCGAAAAUCUCCUCUCUAUGAAGAUUGGCUAAGCUGCAACACGAUGGUAAUUUCUUGGUUUAUCAAUUCAAUGCACUUAAAUAUGUAUGGCAGUGUGAUGUAUUGUCAAACUGCUAGAGAGAUGUGGUUGGAAUUGCAAAAUGUCUUCUCUCAAGGUAAUGGUCCCAAAAUCUACAAUCUUCAAAAGGGACUUUGUUAUAUUACUCAAAAUCAGAUGUCAGUAACUGAGUAUUUUAGGAAAUUCAAAAGGAUAUGGGAUCAAUUGCUAAAUCUAGAACCAUUACCAGAGUGUACAUGUGAUGCAAAUAAAACCCUAAGUACUAAUCAUGACAAAGCCUAUGUCAUGAGGUUCCUUAUGGGAUUGAAUGAAAAUUUUGAAACUAUUAGGACUCAAAUUCUGAUGUAUGAGCCUCUCCCUUAUGCAUUAGUCCUUCAAGAAGAGUCUCACAAGAAUGCUGGACAUGGAGGAUCCUAUACUGCUAAACCUGAUACUGUGGCAACGUAUGCAAACUCAAAGGGUUUCGGAUAA